UAUUUCGUGAAGAUAAUCGUUGUGAUCGUUUCAAUAGAAAAUGAAGAUCUUCCGGGCGAGAUCCAAUUUUAAUAUCGAGAACAACUUUGUCGAGACGAGUUCAGCGAGACUCGAAUUUGCAGACAACUUGCAAGCUGGAUGUAUUUCCGUUGUCGUCGAUUGCACGAUUGAUCAAAUCGAUUGCAAAGUAUAUUUAACAAAACAAAACGACCGUGCUUUGCAACUUUUGACGGUGUGCGAGCCUCGUGAUUCUCGAGCCGGUCAGAAAAUGAGCGGAGCGACAGACGAACGGCUUUUUCAGGGUGAAUUCAACGUCUCUCUCGGGAAAUUCGUAUGAGACAACAAAAAAUAAAAAGCAAACGGAGGAAAAACGAGAUCAGACGACAUAUUUUGCGACUCCUUCUUUCUUCCCGUCGCGGUGUCUGAGGCAUGACGAUUAGAUAAGGCCUCCGGUUCAUAGUGCGCCCAAGAUGCAACCUCAUAAGAGACCGAGAUGGCCGUGGAUCGGCCUCAGUUAAAGCUGCGUGUGCAAACCGGCAAUUAUUAAGCGCGGACAACAGUCGACCGUUUCUUCUCCCCGAGUCGUCGUCAAUACACAAGACGCCGUCACGUUCCACUCAUCGUCGUCUCCUUGUUGCUGCAUGUAGUGCUGCGUUUUCUCGUCUCGUUACCGCUUCCGCUCUGCGACAAUCCAGCCGAUUCGCAGCGGUGAUCGGUAGCGGUGCGGCUGUUCGGUGUUCUCGCAACCGGCGCGACCUAGGGACAAAAACCGCGCUUCUUUCCGAGACGUUCACGUAAUCAACGUCCGUCCUCAAGCAUCGAGGUAUGACUCCUGGGUACAAAGAUUUCCACCGAACGGCUCUGGCUCGUGACUCGUAAUACCCAGCCGGUGGAUCGUCUCGAAGAGCGGCGAUACGCGGCAAGAAAAGCAAGAUGCCCGCUUGCUCCAGCGAGAGCACCUCGAGAUGGUCCUCCAGUCCGCCGAUGUCGCGGAGCAACAGCGUGUCGCCGUCGCUACCUGACUCGCCAUUGUUCACGUCGCCGCCCAGGAUGUCGCCGGUUGGCAACUUGAAGCGUUCGACGUCGUCGAACGUGUUCGCCUCGACGUCGCACGCACCUCCGAUCAGCCUGCUGUCGCGGGCGUCGUCCGCCUCGAACAUGCCGAUGCCGGCGAUGCUUUCGCAAAGACGGCAGCAGCAACGGCAACAGCAGUCGCCUUAUCACCACCAGAGUCAUCAUCAACAAAGGACACAGAGCACGACGACGGAACGCAACGUCGAGCAGAGCAGCGGUUCCUUGCUGGCGUGGAUUUUCACCUGGUACUUCGGCUUGGUGGCCAGUCUUCUUCGGGGCAUCCUCAACGUCAUCGGCUACGCUAUCUGGGCGCCGGCUCUUUGGGCCUCAGCCUGGGUAUGCCUGUUCUGGGUGAUCCUGCAACUGCCGUUAACCGCCCUUAAAUGGUUCAUUACAGUGCUGCACACCCCGGCGUACGAGCGCUCCCGCAACAAACGCUGCGUGCUCAUCAGCGGCGGUAGCACGGUGCAGGCGGUGCACUUGGCGCGGAACUUCUACAAGGCCGGUGCCCGCGUGGUGGUGUGCGAGCACGAGGGUCUCUUCGGCCUGGCCAGAUUCUCCACCGCCUGUUCCAAGUUCUACACGAUACCGCAGCCAGGCGUCAGGAACGUCGUCGAGUACAUCAAGGCGCUGCGCGAUAUCGUGCAGCGCGAGAAGAUCGCCUACUACAUACCGGUGAGCGCCGCCAACACGGCGUACUACGACGCCUUGGCGAAGCCGCAUCUCGAGAUCAUGGGCUGCGAGUGCUUCGUGCCAGACGCCGGCGAAGUCACCGCACUGGACGAUCCGUUGGAGCUGCUGCGACGCUGCCGGCUGCUUGGCCUCGCGAAUCCUCAACACUUCCUCCUGCGCUCCAUGCAGGACCUGUCCACCCUCUACGAGCAGAACACCUUCCGCACCGGCCGUUACGUCAUGUUGGCCGCUGGUCCCGCCGGGAUGCGCGAUCACGCCAAGGUCCUGCUGCCGCCGACCGCACGCGAGUUCCGGAACCAGCAGCAUGAGAUCAGCGAGACACGCCCGUGGGUGGUGAUCCGCGACCCUGGCGGGGAUCAUUUCAUCACGUGCACCACCCUGAAAGAGUCUCGCAUCGUCGCGAACGUCACCUGCCGGGUGGACGAGGCGCGAGGACUCAUACCCGAGGAACGUCCGGAGGUGACGCGCUGGCUCGAGCGCUUCUUUGCUCGUUCCUUCGGCGGCAGGGUCAACGGCCACGUGAGCUUCCGGUUAGCGGUUUCAGAGCGGAUGGGCGAGCUGGUGUCUAUCGGCUGUCGCGUUGGCGUCAGCUUGCCGUACGUCUGUCACACCGGCGUACACCCUCGCCUGGUCUGGAAGCCCUGCAGACACUUCUCCAGGCAGAACUCGGGGGUGCUGGCCACGUCAGAUAGGAAUCCGCUGUUGUCGGACGCCAUGGCGAGCGUCUUCAAGCGACCCACCGGCGAGAUGGCGACCCACCUGUUGGGCACGGUGCUGGACAAGCGGGAGGCGCUCUUCGUUUACUGGGACCCGCUGCCCUAUUGCGCUUAUUACCACUUGCAGUUGCCCUUCAGACGCGUAGCCGCGGUCAUAAGGGCGCAACCCGCGCAGCAUAAUCCGCUGCUGACAGUGGUGCAGUAAGAAAAGGGACCACUGAACUGAAGCGUAACGUUGAAUCCACUGGAAACGUUGUUGUUUCGCACAUGAGGGGGAAACCUGCUUCGUGAACCGCGACUCUGACGGUCCACAUCGCACCCACCGUCGUGAGGGGAUCCCGAGAAUCGCUUGGACCUCGCGCACCGUCUCCGGGAACAACGUACGCGCCAAAGAUGUGAUGAGGAUGAUAUCUAGAAUGAGUUCGUACUUAUUUUUCAGUGUGAGUAAUUGUGCGGAGAGUGUGACAUUUAUUUAUUGAAGGGACGCUAUCGGCGCCUCGCUUCUGUCGAAGCAAUCGUCGGCAAACAGCUACGUGCGAUUUGAGCGAAUUUAAGAGAUUCUGAAACAAUUUUGUCGAGCGUAGAGAAAGAGACAAAACGAGAAGGAGAGAGCAAGAGAGAAAGAGAGAGAGAGAGAGAGAGAGAGAGAGAGAGAGAGAGAGAGAGAGCAAGUAUGUAUGUGUGUAUGUACGCAAGUAUGUUAAUCCUAUUUUCCAUCUUGUUAGUUAACGACAUGUUAGUUGAUAAUCGUUAAUAUCUCACUCAUGGGGAUCGCGUUAACUUGAAAGACAGGAAGCGCAUCCGGGCAUUACUAAAGGGAGGAGGGACAACAUUUGUUGCAAAGUAGAAGAGCGCGGUCGCCGAUAGUCGCGCUCGCUUGCUCGCUCGCAUCUCAAACGGAACUUAAAUGACACCGCGAGUGAAUGAAAAAUAGGUGCAAAGGUCAAGUUCGGCUCUGUAUCGCGUUAAAAAUACACAGCUCUCCUCGGCGCCGUGUCCUCGGCGUCGAGUAUGUCGCGAUCGGUCUGCUUCGAUUCGACCCGGCCGGGGUAACGCGUUGAAGAACGACCGCGCAGAUGACACGCACGAACCAAAGGGAAAAAAGAGCACACAUGCGAAUCGCGCACGCUAUCGAUAAACCGAUCGAACUUCUUUUUGCGCGUGAAAUAUUUGAAUAGUAUUCCUCGGUCAAGAUCGGUGUCCGCGAACGAACGCAGCCGAUUUGUCGACUCGUGAAGUCGAUCAGUUGGCCGAUACAGCUCGCCAGAUGCAAAAGAAAGACUAGAGACUUGAUGAGCCAAAUUCUAAGGACGGUAUACGUAUAGUCAGAUCUUUUAUUUGAGAUCGUCUUAAGUUCACCUUCGGAUGCUCCAAUGAAACAAUCUUCACGGCGUCUGAAGAUCAACCUAAGAUGAUCUGAAGUAUAACAUCUGACCGUUCCCUUAUUCCGAACUUUUUUGAAAGGUACACGAAGCGUCCCUCAAGCAGAAGACGCUUGUGCGAUUAUGCGACAUUAUGCCAGCCGCGUAUUGUCGAGUCCCGGAUCGCGUUCUAUCGAUGUUCCUCUAGCGCGCCAUACGACGAAGGGGAGCAAUGACCAAUGUGCGUCACCGCGAUCGUAUCGUCGAUCAGGUCGUUCGAAAUCGCGUUGUUUGCUCCUGACUUAUCCACGUAUAGCAAAACACACCGGAAUGCAGGCGAAUUGUUGGUUGGUUGGCGGAACUCAUAAUCUUCUCGCGACGCGAGAUGUGCGCGCACGAGGCUGUAAAUAAUGCCCGUUAUAGAUGGAAGAAUGACCCGGGGGGCAACACUGGCCGACGACGGACUUUGACAGCUCGGGGUCGCCGGUUCGUGGAGAGAGAGAGAGAGAGAGAGAGAGAGAGAGUGUGUGUGUGUGUGUGUGAGAGAGAGAGAGAGAGAGAGAGAGAGAGAGAGAGAGAGAGAGAGAGAGAGAGAGAGAGAGAGAGAGAGAGAG